AUGCGACAGUUACCAGGCCGGAGCAUCGGCCCGUGUUCCGCAAAGCAUGCCGUGGCCCGGGAGCGCCCCCCGCAGCUGCGCUCACCUGCAGAGCCGGACCGCGCCUGGCCAGCACGCCGCGCCAGCCCGCAGCCCUCCGAGCGGGACGAUGGCCCUGAGCGCCCGCCCCUGAUCCCUCAGCCACGUCGCCGGCAUCGCUAG